AGAUGUGCGCGGGUCAUGUAUCAGUCUCUAUCCUGCUCACUUAUGGAUCAUGCAGCGAUGCGAUGUGCUGGAGGCCUCCACAAGCCGCCGUCGAUGGAUCUGGAAUAACGGCACCGGCAUCAGAUGCAGUGACGCAUUUAUCGGAGUGGUUUGCCAGGGCAUUGGCAUGGCCUAGUAAUGAAUGGCGACGGGGCUCCCAGCAGCCCGGAGCACUCCUCCUGCACACUGCCUGAUUGGAAGGAGUUCUGUGAGCUUCACGCUCGAGCUUCUGCCGCCGAUUUUGCCUACAAGUUCCGGCGAUUCAUCAGCGAGAACCCAUGCUACGACUCGCCUGGUGCUGAUGCCAGCUUCUCGCAACACUUUGCUCAACACUUCUUGACCUGCUUCUCUGCCGCCCUCGACCAGGUUCAAGGUCCCGGCUCUCCGGGAGACUCCUCCGCUCCGAAGUACAGCAUCGUACCCUUUGUGGGCAUACAGAGCUGCACGCUGCCCUUCAGCCACGACCUCUACCAUCGGCGCAAAGACGUGGGGGCCUCGAGCGAAUCGCUGGAUAGCAUGGACAGCGGAGGGGGCGGAGCCAGCGGACAGGAACAGCAGACCCCCACCCGUAAGAAGGCAACCGUGAGCCAGUCCAGGAGUUCGGAGGAUGUGUCAUUGGGGCGACGUAAGGCUCGCUUCAAGAAGGGUUUUUCCCUCCGAAACAUGAGUCUGAGCGUGGUGGAUGGGGUGAAGGAGAUCUGGCACCGCAGGGCCUCUCCAGAACCAGACCCCUCGGGGAGCUCCAGGAGGACCAAUGGAGCCGAGUCCGUGGGGUCCGAACACUGGAGCCAGAAGCUACGGCUACCGCGGGGCUCUCAGGGCCAUAAGGCGGAGCUGUUGGAGAUCCAGAGGGAGGGUGCACUCAGAUACAUGGUGGCCGAUGACACUAAAUGUAUGGGGGCGGCACAGUGGCAGAAAUGCAGGUUGCUGUUGAGGAAGACCGCCACGCAAGUGGACGCAGGAGAGAAGUUCCAGCUUGAAUUCUACGUUCCACCAAAGUCAUCUAAACCCAAAGUGAGCAUCCCGCUGUCUGCUAUCGUGGAGGUGAGGACCACCAUGCCUCUAGAGAUGCCCGACAAAGACAACACAUUUGUGCUCAAGGUAGAAAACACUGCUGAAUACAUUUUGGAGACCAUCGACUCUCUGCAGAAGAACUCGUGGGUCGCAGACAUCCAGGACUGCAUUGACCCCGGGGACAGCGGCGAUGACAUCGAGCUGGCGUCGUGUGCUCACAGCCAACCGCACAAAGACUUCUCGCUGGUGUCGUCCUGUAGCUGUGAGCUGCUGUGUGAAGGUUCACAUCGGGGGUGCUCUGUUGCUGCUGAUCAGGCGACUGCGGCCCGCUGCCAGGAGCCCCCCGUCACCCAGCACCCCUCACAUGUCCCGUUAGAGCGGUUCCUGCAGUCGCCAGAGGCCCAGAACACUAACACACCAUCAGGAAGCCCAGGUGAAACACCAAGGGAAGCGGAAGGAGAUGCCAGUUUGACGGGUUACCCAUGGUUCCACGGGACGCUGUCACGGGUGCGGGCGGCCCAGCUCGUUCUCGCCGGCGGCGCACAGAGUCACGGUCUGUUUGUGAUCCGCCAGAGCGAGACGCGUCUUGGAGAAUACGUCCUCACCUUCAACUUCCAGGGCAAAGCCAAGCACCUGCGGUUGUCUGUGAAUGACAGCGGUCAGUGUCACGUUCAUCACCUGUGGUUCCAGACGGUCACUGAUAUGUUACAGCACUUUCACGCUCAUCCCAUCCCUCUGGAGUCCGGCGGCUCCACAGACAUCACGCUACGCUCAUACGUACAAGUCCAGCGCUCGCCCACAGAUGUGGAGGCUCCUCAUAUCCCAGCUGCCCAGCGGGACGCCGCCAUCUGUUGGGCCGAACCGACCCAGUUGACCCAUCAGCUGUCAGACGCGGUGCUGUCGUCCAGCUCGUCCUCGUCUCCGAUGGCUCAGCCGGCCGCAGGAGCACUGAUGGGCCUCCACAGCCGCAGCAGCAGCGCAGAGAGACUGCUGGAGCCCGGGGCCGGGGCCGACGACUACCACGACAGCGACGGCACGCGGCGGACUCGAGCCGUGGAGAACCAGUACUCCUUCUACUGAUGUCCUGAUGCUGAACUCCAGUGAAACACGUGCUGCUGUUCUGCUCGGCUUCAUGACAGUCAAGUGUUUUUAACUGCUUCGUCAAACCCUUAAACUAGCUGCAGAGCUUGCUCAGUUAUUACCACAAGCUGAUGUAAGAAUGUUUUGCCCUUUGUGUUGUUUCUGAUUUGAUGCGUGUGAUUUACCCAUCUUUAGUACUCAUAAAUGUUCUCUUCUGCUCACCAGGGCUGCAUUUAUUUGAUC